AGCCCUGCGUCCUCCGGCACUCAGAGCUGAGGAAAGGCGCGCGCGCGCGCGCGCGGCGGCGGCGACGGCGGCGGCGCUGGCGACAGCAGCCCAGCUGGACCGGGACCGGGCAGCGGGAAGCUGACGUACGAAGCAACGUGAGUGAGGCGCGAGGGCGGCACCCAAGCCCGGGAAGCCCGGCUCGGCGCGAACCGCGGUGGACCAGACCCAGGUCCAAGCUUCCGAGGCCCCGCCUCUCGGGUUUUGGGACUAAUCGGAUUGAGAGCGCGCCGGCCCGGGCCGCGAACUCGCCAAUUGCGGAGGGCGUCGGCCACCGCCCAAUCCGAAGCAGACAGGUGCGAGGUCCGGAAGGCGGAGACCAAUCAGCAGCGGUUGCGGCCUGUUGGGGCCAGUCUCGGCCAAUGAGAAGGCCCGAGUGACAUCUUCGCGCGCCAAUCGGGAGUGAAGGAGCGUUCGUGCCCGCCCGCCCUUCCGGCCUGAGCUCUAUUUACCAGGGGCGUGCUGCCGGCUUGCCAAUCAGAGCGCGGCUGAGCGGCCAGGCAGCCAACCCGGGAGGAGCGGCCGGCCGGCGUCUGCCGCACCCAGGAGUUGGGGAUGUCCUACAAACCCAUCGCCCCCGCCCCCAGCAGCACCCCCGGCUCCAGCACCCCUGGGCCCGGCACCCCGGUCCCUACAGCCGGAAGUGUCCCAUCGCCGUCGGGCUCGGUGCCAGGAGCCGCUGCCCCUUUCAGACCACUGUUUAACGACUUUGGACCGCCCUCCAUGGGCUAUGUGCAGGCAAUGAAACCACCUGGCGCCCAGGGCUCCCAGAGCACUUACACCGACCUGCUGUCGGUCAUAGAGGAGAUGGGCAAAGAGAUCCGGCCCACCUAUGCUGGUAGCAAGAGCGCCAUGGAGCGCCUGAAGAGAGGCAUCAUCCAUGCCCGGGCGCUAGUCAGAGAGUGCCUGGCAGAGACAGAGCGGAAUGCCCGCACGUAACAGGACUCGACUCCGCCUCAGCAUCUGGACCUUUCCUGGCCACUGCAGAGCACCUGCUUCUCCCUGGCCUUCACCCCGAGUUGCACUUCCCAUCCUGGGCUUCCUGUUCUGUGUCCUUUGGUGGGUGCCCUCCAGGAACCAGUGGGCGGCUCUCGCUCCAGUCGGCAGCACUAACUGGAAACCCCCAAAAGAGUUAGCAGCGAGGUCACUGUGAAUCCCACCCAUGACCUGCCAACAGUGUUGAUCCAACUGGAGCUUCCUCCUUUCUGUGGCCCCCACCACUCAGCACUUACCCAGGACUUCUCACCACUUUUCCCAGACCCCUUCUCCCCAGCAGGGCCUCAGAAGGCCUGUCGCCUCCCUGCCCUGUCUCCUGGGCCGUGGCGACUCUUUUCUCAGUGUGUCUUUUGCUAAAUAUGCCCUUUUUGUAUGAAUAAAAGAUAAUUUGGAGUUGUUCUCUCA